ACUUACGCCUGUAUUGGCUAUCUGACUAGAUUAGCUGUUCGCGCUUGUCACGAUGGAGCCUGGAAUCAAUUCAGAGAGUCCCAGUUCAGAAGGAUCCGAACCCAAAGAGAAUCAAAAGACAGAAGCGGUGGCCGUAGCUACUCACUCUGCUCGUUUGCGCCCGACAUUCGACCAAAAAAAACUGCAUAUUCAGCAGACGGACGAGAGCAGUCCGCUCUACUCUAUCAAGGCCUUCGAGGAAUUAGGUUUGCCUGAGAAGCUGCUGAAAGGCGUGUAUGAUCUCAAAUAUCAGAAGCCGUCUCAUAUUCAGGAGGUAGCGCUUCCAGCAAUCAUGCAUAAGCCAUUGGAGCACUUUAUAGGUCAAGCUCAGUCCGGUACAGGCAAGACCGCCGCAUUCAGCCUGAGCAUGUUACAUCGAGUUAAUUCUUCGAACAAGUUUCCUCAAGCGCUGUGCAUUUGUCCUACGCGCGAGCUGUCACGUCAGAUCGCGGACGCGGUGCGAGCGCUUGCCAAAUUCACCGACAUAGAGAUAUACUUGGCGAUUCCCGGCUGCGAGCUACCCGCCAGCGGUUGCCUGACCGAACAUGUGGUCAUAGGCACACCCGGUACAGUUUGGUCGAUGAUCAAGUCGCGCAAAUUUUUAGUCAAGAACAUUUCGAUCUUUGUGAUCGACGAAGCAGACAAGAUGAUUAAUCUUGUGGAUGACCUGUGGAGAACGACGGAAAAUAUUCGAAAAAGCUUAGACAAGCACUGUCAAAUAUGCCUGUUUUCUGCGACCUACUCGGAACAAGUUCGUCGGCACGCGGAAAAGCUGGUUCCAGUCGUUCCGGGACGAACAGUCAUCACUUUAGAACCAGAACAACUUUCCCUCGAUAAAAUACAAGAAAUGGUAAUCGACUGCAAGGACCAAGAACUACGGUACAAAAUUUUGACGCAAAUUCUUCCGUACGCCAACGUUGGCUCGACAAUCGUUUUCGUUCGCACCACAAAGACCGCCGAAGAACUCGGUAAACGUCUGGUUCAAGACGGCUUCCCGGUUUCUAUCAUACACGGCGGCAAAGAUAUGUCCCCGUCUCUGCGGGAUAGAGUCAUGGACGACUUUCGCAAUUUCCGCACUCGAAUUCUGGUUGCAACCGAUGUUUUGUCUCGCGGUAUUGACGUGUCAGAAGUGACACUGGUGCUUAACUACGACCUCCCCGUUGACAAGUUCGGGGAGCCGGAUCCGGAGACAUACCUGCAUCGUAUCGGGAGGUCCGGCAGAUUCGGGCGCGACGGCCUCGCCAUUAAUUUUGUUCAUAAUUCUCGCACCAAAGAGCAGCUCGAGUCGAUCAACAAUUUUUUAAAGGGGAGUGCCGCGCUUGGCAAGAAAAGAGAAAUUACAGAACUCAAGGAAAGCGAAAUCUCAAAGCUGGAGCAAAUGCUUGAUGAGCUAGAAUAAAGUCAAUCAACGGCGCAUGUGUUCAGAGUUCAGACCAAGCAGCGCGUACGCAUAGGAAAAGAAUAAAUACUCACUUCUGAGAGUCUGUGUACGAUGCAGUCAGAUGUGUGUGCAGAAUGCUGGGCCCAAAAGAAAAAGCGGCGAUCUCAUGCUCAAAUGCGCGUGCUAUUUCAAGUCUCUGAUAUUGUUCAAUAGUGCGCAAGGUAGUCUUCGCAUUCGUUUGUCUGAGAACUGUCAUACUCCUGCACGGCACGUAAGUGUAUUUUUAUUUCAAGUCUCUGAUGUCGUUCACUACUAUGCAGGGCAGUCCUCGCCUUUCGCCUCUGUCUGAGAAUCAUCGUACUCCUCUACACGGCGCAUAAAUGUAUUUUUGUGCGGAAAAACUCGCAAGUUUUGUCUCUGCCGAUAAAACCUGUUUCGUCCGCUGAAAGUUUGUGUGUUGACACUUCCAUCACACUCGUCGCGGCCCUUCUCCCACGUUACAUUCUUUUUCAGAACGGAAACGAAGGUGCCAGUACGCGAAUUGACGCUUGCCAGUCGUUGAAGCUCUCGGCAUUUUGGCAAAAAAUGAAGAAAAAAACGUUUGGCAGACUGUCAACGUGCAUAGAGCACCAAAACUUGGGCUUUUUUUAGUUGUACGCACAGAACGCGAUCCAGUUCAGGCCCCUUUUUGUCUGGAAUGUAGAGGUUCGACACGGAAUGGAUCGCCUUAUCCCUCCCGUCGACUGCGGUCGAUGUGGCCUAUUCUUGUUUUUAAAGCACGCGUACAUGAAGGGCCCCUAUUCAAAGUCCCUGACAUGUGUGCUGGCGCCCUUCGUUCGUCGCGUCGUCUUUUAUUUCGACACGGUCGCUACGCGAGUUCGACCGCCGCGGUUGUUUCUGCGGCUCCAUACCUGACAAUAGAAAAGGCUUCCCAAGAGAGCUAGCGAAAGAAGUACGACGGACACCUUGACAGGGGUUGGCGUUUGGCCGGCCGUUUCCAAUAUUUCUCGCGAGAAUUUCAAAGACACCAGUACUUCCGCGACCAGAAUGGCGAAGUAAGUCCACAGAGAUAAGUACAUGUCACCUGCGCCCCCGUGUCCAGAACACCACCGAUAGUAUGCCCUAGAUGCCGGAUAUGAGAUGAGGAGCAUGACACCCAAUCUUGCGGUGACCAGGUAGUGCUCCGGUGGGAUCCACAGCGUGGCCUUUAGGAAGAAGCAAUUGAGUUCGACCACAGCUGAGAUGAUGAGAAGGAGCACGCACUGAAAGAAUGCACUAGGAGAGGCAAAAUAGAUGUGGAGAGGUGACACGCUGUAGGGCCAUAAAGCUUUAAAGAAAACACUUCGGUUAUCGUGCUCUUUCAUGCCGGCCCAAUUGAACAGCUCUGUUUUACACAGGUAGAUAACCAGGUGGCCGAGGUAGAUACCGAUGGCGUUACAGGUGAGGAUGUCAAGAAUGAGGUGGUCCCACCAGCAUUCGUUGAAAUUGGGGAGAAUGUGGGCCAGGGCGUAUUCGCACAGCUCGAACACUAUGCUCCACAGCCAGCAAAAAAACACGUCACGGUACAAGAAACUCUUGAAGAACCAGCCGAGGACGUGCGCGAAGACGAACAAAUCUACAUUUUCCUUGAGGGUUCGAAGAAAUUCGCUUGGGUGGGAGAACUUUAAGAUGUCACAGUUCGAGGCAUAAUCGCGUUCCGGUAACGGCUUGUUUAGGUUUUUGUCAAAGUAUGUCAUAGAGUGGCGUGCCUGGCUCGGGGUCAGAGACAGCAAAAACACGAGGUACAGCAGAUAGACCGCUUCUAGCACCUGAACAAAGAGCAUGAAAGCGGCAGACCUGGAUACCGGCCGGCACACUUUGGUGCACUGCCUUAUGUACACAAAUACUUCAAGCACUAAGAGUCCGCUCGCGAAUCCUCUAAAGGAAGGAGAUGGUCCGAACGCAGGAUUUGGUGAGCGUUGGAAGAGAAAUUUGGUGUACGCGUGUACAAAAGUUUUCGCACACGUAGAGAGGGAACAUAGGGGUUUGUCGCGGACACGGGUAUGCCAGAAGGACCGAGGUGCGUAACGCCCGCGCAGGACCCGGGGGAGACAGAUAAAGCCGUUAGUAUGACGUGCACAGAACUGCAGAAAAGGAAGCUAUUUUUUUUUUUGAAGCAAGGAUGCCUAUGCGUAUGUAUGUGCAACAAAUGUGUGGCAGUAUACACGAUUUUCCCUUGAUCAGAGAGAAGAACGCGUGCUGCAAAAGGCACCGAACGUAUGAGGGGGGAUAUGUGGUCCCGGACGGCGUCUCCCAAGGUCUCACAUACGCAACAUAAAUACUAAUGGCGCCUAGUUCUUGCCUGCGGAAGCUGGCCCACAUGACGCACGCGAACGUGACGGCGAUUGCCGCCGUUAUGCAUUUUUUCGAUCUCAACGACGCUUUGAGACCCCUAGACUUUGAUGCGUUUCGUAUCGGCCAAUUUCCGGUGUUGCCACUUCUGCAGGUGCUCGCCGGUUCUCCUGUCCGCGGCAUCUGGUCAGUGAUCGAGCCGACCCUGUUCUCUUUCUCCCUAUGUGCGCGGUAUCUGACGCCCUUCUUGCCAAGCCGAAGCGAGCGCAGAUCCGAGGAAUCUCGCUCCCGCGCAGUCGGUGGUUUAUCCAAAGGGGUUCUAAGGACAGCGGAUUGACGGCAGCCGCGCUACGCAUACGAGUGCGAAAUGCGGCGUGGUCGGUGGGGUGCGGGGUUAAUGGCCCUUUUCCUGUCAGCUCGGCUCUGCGACUUUAUACACAAUUUGCCUUAAGGACUUUAUAAUUUUUAUCUAAAUUGGUUUCAAUGCAAUGGCUACAGUUUUUACACAGAGCGGUCUUCAAGGUAUAGCGUAUGCUCGUAGUAGCGGGAAACUAAGGUGCCCCCGGAGAUGUGGACGGUCUGAUGGUUGGAGGGUGUUCUGCGACGUACUGCGGGCUGAGUUAUAGCCGUAGGCUCAACAGCAAUUUAGGUCAAAAUAUUUUUUUUUUAUCAGUUUUAAUUUGAUUGCUUUAUUGCACGCGCGCUAGUGCAGGCUCGGUACAAUAUACACUCUAACACCGAUUUCUCAAGGCCCAACUACCGAAACAUGUCGAAGGUACGUCGUUUUGCGACUCGAGACGUACUUCGACGAGGGAGAAGCCAUAGACUGCUGGGUUUCCAGGCUCUGCGCGGCCGGCGUUGAGAGUCUGGUUUCUUUUUGAAGGGGAAGAAAGACGCGCUUGUUCGUCUUGAUCAAGCGCUUGACUUCCUGGUCGUUUCAGUUUCUUUUUCGCUCGAGUAUACACGGUGGUCUCAGGCGAGGCGCCCGGGAGCGCUUUUCGUCGGUCGUGGGUGUCCCCUGUUUCGCCGCGGUUCGUCAUCUGGCGUGGAAAGCUCGCUGUGCCGCGCUCGCCGCGUGGUUUUCAGAGAGAGAGACAGACGUCGCUGGUGGCGAAGCGUUUUUUUAUUUUUGCCUGCGCUAACUUCUCUUUUUGCACAGCUUUUGCUGAUGUCCCUGAGCGAUGUGGACUAUCAGGGCUGGAUGACCAAGCAGGGUGGGAGCUUCAAGAACUGGAAGAGGCGCUGGUUCGUGCUGAAGGGCCCGGUCAUCUACUACUUCAAGAGCAACGCUCCUGAGACGGAGGUUCAGGGACAGAUAGACUUGACCUCGCAGUCCUUCGUUCGUCAGGAGUUCAAGCAUGGGAAGAAGCAGGCGUUUGCCGUGGCGACUCAGAAGAGGAUAUUUUUCAUGAGCAGGCAACGUCUAAAGCUUCUUCCGCGGCGGCGAGCGACAAAGACGCCAACGGGUCUGCGAAGGCGGAAAUAUCUUUCGCGGACAAAACUGCCAACGUUGAGGAGGCCAGCGAGGUCCCCGCGUCCAUGUCGUCGGCGGCCGCCAGCCUCAAAAACGCCAUCAAGGAGAUACCCUUCUUGAGGGACGGGGUGAGCAAGGUGUCAGAGUUUUGCAAGGUUUGGUUCCAGACCAUUUUGACGCUCGAGGAGCAGAGGGCUUCCGAGCCGUACGCGCAAAUCGAGUACCAGGCGAUUUUGUCCGCGAACAUGCAAAAAAUUACUUGGUGUACCUCAGGACUUCAGAACGUUCUGAUUCAGAAAAUGGUCGACUUCUUCUGGAACGUCGGCGCGCCAGAGGGCGAGAUAGACUGUCUGAACGAGGUUGGGUCCAUGAUGAACCCCCCCAUCAUUGGCUUUUGGAUCGACAUAUCUCAGGACGAGGGCAUGGAUGGCGGAUGGUACUUUCCGUCUAGUUUUUUCUUGGAACAGGCUCUCGACGCCGCCGAUCCCUGCGAAUCGACCCACAAAAUACUAGAGUGGGCGGAGUCCCAAGGCAUCACCAACUGCGUCCUAGUGGGACGAGACAUGGGCGCCGCGCCUCCCCGCCAAACACAGAUUCACGUUCAACUGUCCAAAGAUACCAUGCGGGAAAACUUAGACAUCGCGCUGUCCGCGUCCAGAGCCUUCGGGUUUCCUGACUUCGACACCCCCAUUCUAGACUUCAUCCUGUCGUCCAACAACGAAAAGGGCAUCAAAUUGUCUCUUGUCUCUUGUCGCGACGGCUUCGUGAAAAUUGGCAUUAUUGUACCAAUAUCACCCUCUUCCGUCGAUGCACUAUGUUCUUUAGCCGGCGUGGAUUCGAGCGCUCAUAUUUUAAAGUUUUCGAGUGUACUGGGUCACCCAGCUCCAAACAGCGUCGAGUUUCAAUUCCUGAACCAGGGGUUCGGCUACGGUGUUUACAAAGAGGGUGUCGAUAUCAACUUCUACUUCGCUGUCGGAGGAAAAAAUGGCUCUGUCUCAUAAAAAGAGAGAGAGAAAGUGAGCCCCCCUUCUGGGUGCAAAGUUCUCCCAUCUCUUAUUUCUUUUUCGGCCUGCUAACAGA